GAAUAUGACGAACUGUUAAUCCUUGUCACGUAAGGUGGGGCAGGAGACAAAGUUUCUCAACGGUCUGUCCCCAAGGUCGGCUCAUCUCCGGCCAUUCAUUAUAUGUGUUAAGCUCGUGAAGUCGUGUUGUGUCCAAUAUGAAGAAUCUAGUCGUUUUGGCGUGUAUAUGCGCCGCUGCGUACGCGCAAUCACUGUUUUCGGAGAACUUGGAAUCUUCAACUGUAUACAGCCCUUAUAAAUAUGAAAGUGCAAGCAAUUUAGAUAACUCUGAACAAACUACUCCUUUCUACAUUUACUAUGAUGGUCAAAAUGCGGUUGUUGAUGAUAACGCAGAAGCAGUAACAACUGGCAGCGUCACUUCUGAAAGAAGAGGAAGGUAUCAAUCGAUCCGUGAUCAGGAAAUCGAAGGAUCUGCUCCCAGAGUUGUAGGGCCUACAACUUGUAAAGAAAAAAAUGAAAGAUACGCCGUACCUGGUAGCUGUGACAAAUAUAUCGAAUGCCUUAAUGGUACAGCUGAAGAGAAGCAAUGCCCAGACGGCUUGCGAUACAACCCAAAUGUGAAAUUCAACGUUUACCCCUGCCAGUACCCUAUCGAUGUACCUUGCCUUGCAAGAUCAGCGUUACAGCCAGCACAACCUACAGACGCUUGCCCUCACCAAUUCGGUUACUUUAAGACUGGCGACGCUCGCAACUGCAGUGGCUUUAGAAAUUGUGUGAACGGUGUUGGUUACGAUUUUACAUGCCCUGAGGGCCUCGCCUUCAGUUCGGAAACCUACCGAUGCGAAUGGCCUGAUGAAGUCGCUGACUGUGAUGUUGAAGCUUUCCUCGGGUUCCGGUGUCCCGAAAUACCAAUUUCAAAAGAACUUGGACCUCCAGUCGGCUUCAGAACAUACAGAUCUCCAAGCGACUGUCAAAAAUAUUUCCUUUGUAUUGAUGGCAAGCCUCGUCGGCUAACCUGUGGUGGUUACUCCGCCUUUGACGAAUUAACUGAAUCCUGUGUCGCGGCCGAUGAAGUAGCAGAUUGUCCAACAGAACUUAGAAACGAGGCGAAGAAAUCCAGAGAUGCGGAAAAACAGAGACUAACAGCUCAAGCUGCUUUUGAAAAACUCAGAUUUGCUCCUAAGAACACCUAUGAAUACGCAACAACGCAAGAGCCAUUUUUCGACCCAGGACAAGACAACAUAGAGAACGAAACUCAAACACCGCAACCACUUAUAUAUUAAUUUAAUCUUAAAAUAACACUGUUUUUAAUAACUGUAUAUAAAAAUACACUUUUACAAUUUUAAGUCAUCCGAUUGAGUCGUUCCUCUCAUUUCAUAUUACUUGUCUAAUGUAUAGUUGAUUAUGUUAACGCUAUUAUUUGAAUAAAUUGAUUUUAAAAUACA